AUGGAACCCCUCUUGGAGGGGAGCCAGGAUGAUCCCUGGUACUGGGAUGUACCACGCGUGAUUAAAGAGUUCUGCAGUACAGACCGCGGCUGGUUCGAUAAGAACCAUCAGAGCCGCAAUCUGUCCUUUGAGACACUUGCCUCAAACUUGAAAGAGCAUGAUGUGAAUGGAGAACUUCUUCUCACUGCUGAGGGCCAUAUUCUCGAUGAGCUUGUCGUGGGGCUCGUCGGCAAUAGUUUCCAGCAACGGAGCCGUGUGUUUCGUGUGAUCAAAUCCCUGAAAGAACGAAGUCAUCGCUACCAAGAAUGGGAGAAGUGGGGAGAUGUCCCUGGAGCUGCUCAGCAACCCCCUUCCCCCAAGCGGACGCAAGCAAGUAGUAGUGGCUUGCCAUCUACCAACUCUCGGGAAGUUUCUCAGAGAGGUGACGACAAUCCCUCCCUGCAUGAAGCCAUUCUUCGUCAAACACCCGUUCCCCAAGCACCCGUUCCCCGUCCUCUAGGACAAAACCUUAGUCUAUCCGCAUUUCGCCGAAUCGUUGACCCCUCUGUUUCGCACAAGACGGCCGAAUACCUACCCCCCCAAACCGCCUCGUCUCAAGAGAUCCGCCUGACUGGUGUCGGUAGCCCCUCUGCCGGUCACCGAGGACUUCCCCCGGUAGCAGGGACCAAGCGCUCCUUCGGAGUCGCUUCUGCUCGUAUGGACUCGCCCAUUCCAUCGAUCGAAACGGCCGAAGAGGAGCCCCUUGAGGCCCCCCGCAAAAAGAGGAGACUGGCGCCGACCAUCGCGUCCCCGUCUGCUAUAGUCCGUCAGGAGGCGUUUAAUCUCCCCGACGAAGUAGAUGGGUUCAGUCUGGACCCUAACACUCUCACUUUUACGGAUCCAAAAGAUGGAACCUCGAAGCGCCAAGAAGUGCUUUUCCUCGGGUUGAAACGCGUCAGAUGGGAAGAUGCGCUAGGCCAACCCACCGAUGGGCUCGCGAUCGAAGAUAAUUUCUCCAUCAUUCGAGUCAAACCGAUUGUUGCCCAUUCCCGACGCAUGAACCGAUCCAUGCGAGCACUCCUCCGCCCGCAUCCGCGAGGACUCAAGAAACUGGCAAGGACGUGCAUCCAACCCCCGGACCCAGAUUCAUUCCUUUCGACGGUUCUACGCCUGAGUGGCGUUCAGCAAGACGAGGUCUCCGGGACUCGAAGUGACCCGGUCCUCGCUCCCUAUGGAGAGGAAGACGGGGACGAGGACUGGGAUCCCCAGACCCUACGCGAGAUGGAGGAGGAGAACGCCGAGCGUGAGCGUGCCGCCGCUCGGCAGCUUCCCCGAGAGUUGGUUGAUAAAAUUAUUGACGAGGCAAUUUCCGAGUUUGUUUCGUUGUGGAAGGCACGAAAACUCGAUCGACUGAUGAAAAAGGCCCAUAAUAUUUGGAAGAAGGAGCAACGCUCCCCCAAUUCUCAGCUUAACCCCACUCAAGCUAGGCUUGCCCAGAUUGACGCCCGCAUCGCCAUACUACGCGAGGAGCUCAUCGACGUGGGUUGGACUUCGGAGAGCGCGCUUCGCCGCCAGGCGUUGUCUCUUGAACAAUCUGUCGAGAAUAGGGAAGAAGCUGUGUAUAUCCUGGACAUCCUCGCUGGCCCGGAGCCUGAGCAACGCCCCGAGCUCCUCGUCCGUCCAAAACGCGACAAACCCCGCCCCCUCCCUCGCCCGAGCCAGAGCGAUGAGGAAAUUUUGACCAGCGAUGAGGAAGAACCCUUGAGUAACUUUAUUGACGAUGACAUCAGAACCCCGAUGCGGGACUUGAGAGAAGCCACACGGGAAAUGGAAGACGAUACCGCCAGGAUAAGUCUAGGCGACAACCACAAAGCUGCUGCUGUCACUGCUCCCCUCUCCGAGCCCAUGGAUACGAGCGGAGAUGAUGCACCGUCAGGCCCGGACAAUGGAGAAGCUCCGGAACUCAUGGACGUAGACAGCCAAGCUCCGAACCCCGCCGAGGUUAUUGACCUGACGGUCGACAGUUCGGACAAUGAUCUGCCGUCGCCGUCAUCUUCCGAUUUCCCGGGUAUCUCGGGACUACUGGACAAUGACCCACAUGCUGAGAUAGACGACACGAGUGCGAACAGAGCCGGAUUAACUGCACUCCCGACGUCUUUUUGGGACAGCAUCCCUGCCGAUAUGACGCUCACCGACAAUGAUCGUCUAUUGAUCAACCGCCUUUGGAGGCUCACGACCGUCACGCGUAACAAGCUGCACGAGCAGGCUGAAGCGUCCAAGGAUGACCUAAACGAUUUCUGGGACAAGACCAUAGCCGAAGGCCUCAAGCAUACGGUAGCUGUCAAAACCCUACCGGGCCUCAUGACGAGGCUUUUCAUCAACUGGUAUGAUAUGUCGUCCUUCGCCGUGUACCGACUUGACCAGGCACGUAAGAACCCCGGCGAAGUACGCGGAAAGAGGGAUACGAUUGCCGGAUUUCACGCCAUCCUGCUCCGAGUCAUCCCACUAUUUCCAAGACUUGUCAAUAUGCCGGGCGGGCAGGGCGAAAGCGCCCAGCAGGAAGUUGCCAUGGACGCUCAAGCGAUGAGGAUGCGAGAGCUAGAGACGGAACGGGCCGCAAAGCUGGAGAAGCGGCGACAGGAGCUCCGCUCAACACUAUCAACCUUGACACCAAUGGCAACGGAUCAAUCUCGCCUCAUUGUUAACGAGGCUAAAGAAGAUGCCGAGGGCUUCAUAUACAUUCCCGGCACACCAGCGAGGCUGAUCAAGGAUCAUCAGAUCGACGGGGUUAGGUUUUUGUGGAACCAAAUCGUUGUUGCCCCCGACAGCCGUCAUGGGUGCCUCAUAGCGCACGCCAUGGGUCUAGGCAAAACGAUGCAGGUCAUUACUCUUCUUUUAUGCAUCAUCACUUCGUCUAACUCUCCCGAUCCCACUGUCCGCUCUCAGAUCCCCCAUGAUCUCCGACAGUCUCGAACGGUGGUUCUAUGUCCUCCUUCACUUGCUCCGAAUUGGCGAGAUGAAUUCCUGCUUUGGGACACCGACAAAGCCCUCGGCGACGUGUACAUUGUUACCGGCGGCAGCUCCAACACUUCCACAGCAGAGAGUCGCAUGUUCCGCAAGAAUACCGUUGAAAGAUGGGCGUCGGGUGGUGGUAUCUUGAUUCUCGGGUAUCAGCUCUUCACCGCAUUUAUGAAGAAUUCGCAAGACCUAAUGGAGAUCAUCCACAAGCGUGCCGCUAUCGUGGUUGCCGACGAGGCACACAUGAUAAAGAACCUCCAAUCGCAGCUACGGAAAGCCUGCAUCCCGUUCGUGACCCGGGCGAGGAUUGCACUGACAGGCUCUCCUCUGGCGAACAGCGUGUCGGAGUACUAUUCCAUGGUGGAUUGGGCGGCCCCGGGCUACAUGGGACCGUCUUCCGAAUUUGCAGAUGUGUACACUCGGCCUAUCGAGACGGGCCUUUGGAAGGAUUCAGGUGAUACGGAAAAGAGGACAGCGCGUAUCAGACUUCGUGCCCUCAGGGAGAAUAUCUCUCCAAAGGUGCAUCGCCUCGAUAUCACUGUCCUGAAGGACGAGUUGCCUCGCAAGAUGGAGUUCGUGAUCUUCGUACCCCCCACCCCUUUCCAAAGAAGCCUGUACGAUCAGUAUGUUUGUGAACUUCGGGAGACGGGCCUCCUCAAGACAUGCGCCUGGGGAGCUCUGGGACACCUCUCCUUGAUUUGCGCGCAUCCGAGGUGCUUUCUUCAGAAGGUCAGGGAUGUGCUCGCCGACCAAAGUGUGGAUAGUAACCCGCCGACGGAGGAUGAGGCCCCCGAAACAACCAGGAAGAAUCAGGGGACGGAAGCUGCGGUGGCAUUGCCGAAGCGUGUCUCAGAAAGGUUGAUUGCCUUAGCGGCUUCGGAAGCGGACACUAACAGACCCGAUCUCUCGUGGCGCUUCAGGCACCUAAUGGCCAUCCUUGACGAGUGCCGAACUGCGGGGGACAAGGUGCUCAUUUUCUCACGAAGGAUCAAGGUUCUUGAUUUCGUCGAGGAGCUGUGCCGCCGGCAGGGGCGGCGUUCGAUGCGACUGGACGGCGACACGCCAGUCGGCACGCGGACGUCUUUGAUCAAGGACUUUAACAAUUCAACCAACUCGGUUGAAAUUUUCCUCAUCUCAACCAGAGCAGGAGGCGUCGGUCUUAACAUCUACGGAGCUAACCGAGUUGUCAUGCUCGACUUCGAACACAAUCCCGCGCACGAACAGCAAGCUAUCGGACGUGCUUAUCGCAUCGGACAGACUAAGCCCGUCUUCGUUUAUUGGUUCGUCGUGUGGGGAACACAUGAAGCGAAGCUGCAUGGACGGAUGGUUUUCAAAAAUCAGCUUGCGCAACGCGUAGUUGAUAAUAAAGACAAUAUCCAGGCGUAUUCCGCAUCGUCUGUGGCGCAAUGGGUGAGGCAAGUCUGGGACGUGGACCCAAAAAUACCCCUGCCAGAAUCGCAGGCCCAAGCCCUCAUCGGCACCGAUCGGGUCCUUGAUCGAAUCCUAAACGACCAAGCGUUUAGCCAGGGGAUCUUAUCAGUCGUCCCGACUGACACCUUCGAGGUGGAGGAUCCCGAGAAUAUCGAACUUACCGAGGUUGAUCUGGAAGAGGUGCAGAGGCUCGUCAGCCUGGCAACCAAACGACGAACGAGGAAACAGACCUCCGAUACUGGGACUGAGAGCGGUGGCGGUGGUGGUGCCGGAUCAGCGCCCACGGGAGAAAGGGUGGGGGCUCAACAACAGCCAACCAUGAGUUCUCGGACCGCGCAGCCAAACAACGGUCAGCAAUUCCAGAUGGAUCCGGCGUCGGAGAUGCACAUCGACGAGAUGGUCGGGCUACAGAGGGAGGGGACUGCCCAGAACAGUGGCACGAACUCGAACAUUCAGAAGUCAAGCACAGCUCCCCCAACCGUGCAACCUAUAACGCCCCAGCCGGUAGGAACGGCGCCGCAGGCGUACCGCAACCAAGGCCAACCUACACGUUCGAUGUCCGUGGGCACCCCCCAGCCGUAUAACCAAGCUCGGCCGCCGCCGGCGGGAACCACGCCGCAGUCGUACCAGAACCGAGGUCAGCCUACACCCUCGCAGUCGGUGGGCACCCCCCAGCCGCAUAACUAUGGACCCCAGACUACUUCGACGGGAGCCACGCCACCGUCCAACAGCCGAGGUCAACCUAUGCCAUUCCAGCCCAUGGGGGCCACACAGCCGUAUAACCAUCAAGCUCAGCCUCCGCCGAUGGGAGCUGUGCCGCCGUCCAACGGCCGAGGUCAACCUGCAUCUUCGAAGUCUGUGGGCAACCCCCACUCGUACCAUCAAGCUCAGCCUACGCUGGUGGGAGCCACGCCGCAGGCGUACCAUAGUGGCCGAGGUCAGCCUACACCUUCGAAGCCCGUGGGCACCUCUCACUCGUAUAACCACCAAGCUCAGUCUACGUCGAUGAGAGCUAUGCCACCAUCCAGCAGUGGAGGUCAGCCGAUGCCUCGUCAGUCCGUGGGAAACACGCAGGGUCGCGGGGGUUCGCCAACGUCAAUAAUCCACCCGAAAGAGGCUUUCGCUCGACUUGUUCAGCAUGAUGCAAUCCAUAGCUCGGUGCCUCAUCAUCAACUAGGCCGGGGAAUUUUGCCCAAGCCCUUACCGACGUUCCAAGCUCUUCAGUUCAUUUUCGGUCAUGAACGCGCAGAGCGUGCAGUGGCAGAGCGUGAAGUGGCAGAGCGUGCAUCUGAGCGCCCGGCUACCCAACUUCCGCCGGUUCGGCAACAGACUAUUUUUCCCCCCAUGCUCCCCCAAGGCCCCGCUGUCCACCUCCCGUCGCCGGACCCGUUCCCCCCCAUCCAUGAAUUAUUGAGACAAGCCGCUGGCGUACCGCAUACUUCUUCGUGUGAAGGACAACUGCCCAGCACGGCCAUGAGGGAAAUGGAUCCUCAACAUUUGUCCUCGUAUCUGAGUCGACGGAAUCGCGAACGUCUCGAAGGAAAAAACGACGCCGAAAAUGCGAGUCCCCGACGAAGCGAGGACGAGAUUGCGCUGCGGGAGAUUGCUGAUCUUCGUAGGAGACGGAGGCAGCAACAACGGCAGCAGCAAUCGCAAGACCAACCUCAAGUUGUUCAACAUCAACCUCAACGGCGCCGGCAACAGCAGCCCUUGCCGCGGUGGGCGAAUGACGCGAUUCAAAGAAGCAACAAUUCUCGAGAGUCCUCGUUCGUUUCGGCCCGUGCGACGCCGAUACCAACAUCUACACCGUCCCGGAAGGCGCAUGAACGCGAAGCGUUAUAG